CUUUGCGUUCUUUAGGGGACGAGAGUUCCCAUGAGUUUUCCAAUUUCCCAGAGGCGGAGAAAAUUCUUUCUCUACAAAAGUAUCAUAUUUGACCACUAAGACUUACAAUAAAGUGAGUUUUACUGAAAUUCGUUCGCUGGAUAUGUUGUGGUCCGGAAAGAGUUAAAAUAUAAAGACGCUCUAAGAAUAAGGACGUGUAUUAAAAAUAGUGCACUCACAAAAUAAGAGCGCCGCAAAAUUAUAGUGUGGUGAAGCCAGUCAUAAGCCUAGAAGAUCAACUUAAAUAUAUAUAAAGGUGUGAUUUGUGAUUCUUUCAUUCAAAAAUUCGGAUUGUAGGCAAAAUAGAGGAGAACGUGGAAAAAAAAAGAAUACGUUUUGGCGGGAAAACAAACGUGUCGUUAGGAGGAUGUGACAGAAGUCACACGUCAUGACAUCUGUAACAUCCUUUUUGAUGGGUGUGUGACUGCAUCAAGGUACCACCAGAUGGCGGUACAGAAGUGCAUGCGCACUCAAUAAUUGUCACAAGAAAGUGAAGGAAAUGGUACAAUAGAGCAGCCAUUUAUCCUGUUUUCGUCCUGCCAUUUAUGCUAUUUCUCACAAAUACAGAUAGACGCAAAAUAACAGAAAAACGAAAAAAGAAUAAUUGAAAAAGUUUGUACAGAGUGUGUAAUUUGUGGAUUUUGGGAGUGCGUGAGUGUGUUCACGGGAAACACACACGGGGAGACCACUUUGUGUGGUGUUUUUGUGUGGAGGGUUUGGAGGGGUUGAGGUGCGGUGUAUUUGCACAUGCCGACCCCUGGUGAAUCCCAAUCCACGCAACAGUGGCGCCAUCGGGCAUCGGAACACCAACUGGCACUAAGAGGCAUGGCCACCAAGGACGACAGGGAACAUCAGGUGCAUAUCCUGCAUCUAUCGCCAUCCAAUUACACCAGUAGCCCCAUUCAGACUGGUGGAGGAGCCAGUGGUGGAGCUGUUAAACGCAUCACGGAGCACAUUCAAGCUGUUGGAGAACCAAGGAUGAAGCGUCUUAUUGUGCCAAGCAGUGUCUCGGGCAUCCAUCAACCGGUCAAACCGGGAAAAUUUCUCAUUCACAGCAAUCUCAAGCUUGUGACUUCCAGGCGUGACACAACAGAGACUACAGCCAGUCACGCACGAGCACUGAUGAGUAGUGUAGUGAAGACAGCAACUGGCACCACAACUGCCAUCUCCAGUGGAAUUCCCAUUCUAACAGGAAUUCCCAUUCUAACAGCUGUCACGUCCACGGAUACAAGUAGAGAUGACCGUCGACCAGCGAAUAUUGUGGUAAAGAGUCUACCACGUGGCGUUCAUGCUCUUCAGUUGCGCAACACAGAUGCCACCUAUCUUAUACCCGUCACAUGUCCCGUCACCUUAGUACCCCGAACCACUGCACCAUCGUCAGUUCAGGUGGCGGCUCUGGCACGACCCAAGCCCGAUCCAGCCCUUCAGGAACAAUUACUAGAAUUUGAUAAGGUGUGCAAAGAAGUAAAGGAGCGCAGUGCACCUGUGCGCAAUCACAAGCGUACCGGAUCAGUAUCAAAGGCAACAACAGCUUCCAGUGGCACCACCAUCGAUGCUGGUCAAAAUAGUCGAACAGAUGAGGAGCACAAACAUGCCAAAAUUUAUGCCAUUCUGGCGGAAUAUCACAAAAAAUUGGCCAAUUCUCCAGAUUUGAACAAUAAACCAGCGCCCAGGAGACGAUCAGCGCCACCACAGGGCACCACUGUGGUGGCAACAAAACGCAAAAAAGUAACAGCUACUGCUGCUGCUGCUGUUGCUAAGGUGGCAACCCCAAAAGAACCACAAACAACAGCAGCAGCACCAUCUACCAGUGCUGUUGUCAACUAUGUGAGCAUAGUUAGGCCACUUAGAAUUGCUCUGGGAUCAUCUCAGCGUCUUGUAGCACUGUCCGGAGCCGCUUUGCCCACCACAUCAGCCACUCUGGCACCAAGUCAGACUCAUCAGUGCCCUGCAAGACCAAAAGUUCUGGUUUUGGAGAAACCAUCGGGUCAGUAUGUCAUUAAAUCGGUGGCUGUGAACCAAAAUGGAACUGGAGGAGCCCCCAAGGUGUCGCAAAAUGAACAGAAGGACACCUUUAGGCAGGAUAUUGUGGCAGAUUGUGAGGAUCUUGGUGUUGAUAUACCAAAUGCCAGUGAUCUAUUUCCCGAAGCUGAUUACUUGCUGGAGGAGUGUCUGGCACCCACGGAUUUUGGAGCGGAGGAAGUCAUCGAAGCGCCCCCUGCAGAUACGGUCAUCAGAACACUAACACAUGAUCGACAACACAUGGCGCAGCAAUAAAUAAAUAACUUAAAAAAAAGUGCAACAAUA